AUGCUCGGAAUUAUAAUCGUACUAAACGGCGGCAGAUCUAAUAAUGAUAGUUCAUCUCCUAUUAAUACUGAAAUUAGCACACAAACGUUUUAUCGAUUUUUUAACCGAGAUAUUGAUGCUUCUUUACAAACCUGGAAAAAGAUUCCUGAAGAAGCACAACCUCCUUCAGGAGUUUCCUGGGUUUCGGCGGUACAAUUCAAACCCAAUUCAUUAAGUUGCUACUUAUUUGGAAAAUCCAUAAAUAAACCAGCUAACACGGAAGUCACAUUGGUCUACAAGCUUGAUUCACUUAGUGGAAAUAUAUCUUAUAUCAAAACUAUUCCGGUAGAUAUUAGUAGACAACAACAAACUGUACCUCACAUUUCUGGAAAAAUUUAUGUUUUUGCGGAUUUAGAUAAUGAAUUAUACGGACCUGAUAAAUAUACAUCGUAUUACGUAGUUUAUCUGUUAGAUACUAUUGGGUAUGAGUGGAAGUUGAAAAGACAAAUAUUUUAUAUUGGUGGCCGAGAAUUUCAAGAUGGAGAUGUGAACAUUUAUGAGAUUCGAAUUUAUGACACUAAUGCCGGAGAAUGGACGUCAAUGGUAAGUUGCAACAAGAGAUGUACGUCGAAUACCAGAAUAUUUAAUUUAUUCGCCAAUAAUAUUACUAUUCAUAAGGAAAUCAGCAGCACAUUAAAAAUUGAUAGACGUCAUGGCCACACAGCCGUCUUAACUCCGGAUGGAAACAUAGUAAUUUAUGGUGGAGGAAAAGGAGAACUACACACUACAGCUUAUCCACAACUUUUUGUUCUAAAAAAAUAUAGAAAAUCAUACAAAUGGGUUGCUCCAACUGAAAUUUUACAAAUACUAGAAGAUGGCCAAAAUCAACCAACCAAAACUUGUAUAUAUUGGAUAUAG